UGGCCUAAGCCUCGGUUCGCUCGGUUUUCUUCGCUCUCAAAUCACUACAAAUACGACGCCUUGGCUCUUGUGAACUUCGCCAAAUUCAUCAAACUUCAUCUCCUUCAAUCUUCUUAUUCUUAUUCUUCUUCUUCUUCUUCUUCUUCUUCCUCUUUUCAGGCUUUCGUCUCCUACAUUUUCUCAUACUGCAAUGGAAAAGAAGAAAAUCGUUUUGAAGUUGGAAUUACACGAUGACAAAACCAAGCAGAAGGCCAUGAAGAAUGUUUGUAGCCAUUUAGGAGUUGAAUCAGUGUCCAUGGACAUGAAGGAAAAGAAACUGACAGUAGUUGGGCAUGUUGAUAUAAUAAAUAUGGUGAAACAAUUGAGAAAGCUUUGUCACACAGAUUUAGUCUUGGUUGGAUCACCAGUAGAAGCAGCAGAGAAGAAGAAGAAGAAGAAGGAGGGGCCCAAGGAGCCCAAUGAGCCCAAGAAACCAAAAGAGAAAAAAGACAGUGAAGAUGCUUCCUAUGGUAAUCCUGGCUAUACCAUUACCACAUUCUAUCAUUAUGAUCCAGGUCAUGUAGAAGAAUAUCCCAAUGCUUGUGUUAUAUGCUAAGUGGCACGUGAUUGAAGAACUUAGAAAGGGGUGGUGUUUUUAGUUCUGAGUAUUGUCUAGUGGAGGGGAUGGUGGCUGAUUGGUCCCCAUUGCCAACAGUGGUAUACGUUGAGUUCUAUUCGUCUCGAUCAUGACUGCAAUGAGUUCAAGGUUCAAAUUAGUAUUGGGUGGUUGAACAAAACUCAAUUUCAAUUCAAAUAUGAAUCACUUGACUCGUUUGUAUCGAUUGAAUUGUAUUCAUUUCAAUCAUAAUUGCAAUAAAUUCACGAGAUGAUGUGAAGUCGUAAUACUAUCA